GGCACAGGUGAGGCAGUCCCCGCAGUCGGAGUCGGUGCAGCAGCAAGCCAGGGCUAGGCUGGGCUAGGCCAGGGCGCAAGCGGAGUAGCGGACGCCCGGGUCGGGACCGUCGGGACGUGCUCGCCGCCACCAGGUGUAGUCGGUCGCAUUAUGCCGGGCCAUGGCGCGGACAAUGACUCGUGCUCGUGACACGGUGACACCGCGGGGGCCGCCGAGGGCAUCGCGCGAGUGAGCACGCGAGAGAGAAAGAGUGCGAAUCACUGGACGCGGUGUGUGCGACUUGGACGGCGCGAGUGAGUGUGCGACAUCCUGUGUGCGGACCGCAGCGAGGCGCGAGGGAAGCCCCAGCUCUACCGAGUUGCCAGCACCACCAUGCCGACGCAACAGGGCGGCGCCGACAACCAGGCCUACGACGCCCCGCUGGAGCUCCAAGUCCGGACGCCACCAUCACCGGCCCCAGCAACACCCGCUCAAGCCCCGCCGGCCGCCGAGAGGACGCAGCUCGGCAAUGGCGCGGCCCCCACCUCUCCCUCGGCGCCUGCUUUGGAAAAGGCGGAAAAGGUGUCGGAGGCGGCACCUGCCGGGGGCGGCGGGGGCGGCGACCGGCAGCAGUGGUCCAACGGCAUGGAGUUCCUCAUGUCGUGCAUCGCCAUGUCCGUGGGGCUGGGCAACGUCUGGCGCUUCCCCUUCACGGUGUACGAGAACGGCGGCGGCGCCUUCCUCAUCCCCUACCUCAUCGUGCUGGCCCUCAUCGGCAAGCCGCUCUACUACAUGGAGAUGGCGCUGGGGCAGUUCGCCUCGCUGGGCUCCGUGCAGGUCUGGGAGCUGGCCCCCGUGUUCAAAGGCAUUGGCUACGGCCAGCUCAUAUCUUCCGGCAUCGUCGUCACCUACUACUGCUCCAUCAUGGCCAUCACUAUCUUCUACCUGGCGGCGUCCUUCUCCUCCGAGCUGCCCUGGGCCACCUGCCCCCGCAGCCCCGGCGUCUACCCCUACACGGCCUGGGCCAACUGCUUCGACGCGCAGCCGGCCUCUGGCGUCCCCGGGUUCAGCCCGCUGCCGCCGGUCAACUUCUCGUACCCGGGCGCGUACCCGUACGGCCCGCCGUACCAACGCGCUCCAGGGCCAAGACUGGGGCCCGACCGCCGCUCCAGCUCGGAGCUCUACUUCAAGUACGGCGUGCUGGACGAGGUGGACGACGGCGUGGGCAUCUCGAGGGGCAUCGGGUCGCCGGGCUGGGCGCUGUCGCUGUGCCUGGCCGCCACCUGGGUCUCCGUGUGGGCCGUGACGUGCUGCGGCGUGCGCUCCUCCGGCAAGGCCGCCUACUUCCUCGCCCUCUUCCCCUACGUCAUCCUCUUCAUGCUGCUCGUCAGGGGCGUGACCCUGCCCGGCGCCCUCGACGGCAUCAUCUUCUUCGUGCGGCCGGACUUCGACCGCCUGCUCGACCCCACGGUGUGGUACGCCGCCGUGACGCAGUGCUUCUUCUCGCUGGGAGUGGGCUUCGGCUCGCUUGUCAUGAUGUCAUCCUACAACCCGUUCCAGCACAACAUCCACAAGGACGCCAUCAUCGUCACGUCCAUGGACACCAUGACCAGCAUGCUGGCGGGCUGCACCAUCUUCGGCAUCCUGGGCAACUUGGCGCACGAGUCGGGCCAGUCGGUGGGCACGGUGGUGAAGGGCGGCUCGGGGCUGGCCUUCGUGUCCUACCCCGAGGCCAUCGCCAAGUUCGACGUGGCCCCGCAGGUGUUCGCCUUCCUCUUCUUCCUGAUGCUGCUCACGCUGGGCGUCGGCUCGGCCGUGGCGCUGCUGGGCAACCUGACGACGCUGUGCGGCGACGCCCUGUUCCCCCGCGCCCCCACCUGGGCCGUGUCGCUGGGCGCGUGCGUGGCCGGCGCGCUGCUCGGCCUGGUCUACGUCACGCCGGGUGGCCAGUACGUGCUGACCCUGGUGGACUACUACUCCGGCACCUUCCCCAUCUUCGUCCUGGUGACUGCUGAAGUGGUGGUCGUCAGCUGGGUGUACGGCAUCGACAACCUGUGCCGCGACCUGGAGCUCAUGCUGGGCCACAGCCCCGGUCUGUACUGGCGCGUCACGUGGGGCCUCAUCACCCCGGUCACCAUGAUCGUCAUCCUGGUGUACACCAUCGCCACGGCGCAGCGCCUCGAGCACAACGGCUUGCCCUUCCCGGACGGCGCCGUCGCGGCUGGAUGGAUCAUCGCGGCCUUCGGCCUGGUGCAGAUCCCCCUGUGGGCCGCGGUCUUCUUCAUCAAGAACAGGGGCCUGUCCUUCGGCGAGGCGUGCACGGCGGCGCUGCGGCCCUCGGCGCUGUGGCGGCCCGGCCCCUCGGCCGACCCCGCCGACGUGAAGCGCUGGCAGGAGUGGCGGACGCAGCGCGUGGGGCGGAAGGCGUGCGCGUGGACGCGCGCCAAGGAGAUCGCCGCCGCCACGUUCAACCGGUAG